AUGGAGUCGGUCAUCAGCAAGAUCGAGUCGUUGGAGAUUGGCUUAUCUAUCGAGAUUGAUAACUUUUUGGACAACGAGAUGAACAAGUGGCGCGAGAGAAAAGAGGCAGAGACGACUCGCUACGAAGCUGCCAGAAAGCAGAAGCUUGCCAGGAUGGAAGAGGAGCUGGCUGCCGCUUACAAUAGACACGAGCGUGAGAAGGCGAUGAAAGAGCGUGCCGCCCAUUUGGAGGCAGAGCGUAUCGCAUGCAAGAAAGCAGACGAAGAGCUGCAGCGAAAGAUAAAGGAGGACGCCAACAUCAUAUCGAAUCUCGAUAAAACCAUACAGCAACAACUCAAUGACUACAAGACGAGCUGA